AUGCGGAGUGAGAGUAGCGGUAGUGAGAGUAGUGCGGGGAUGAGCCUGCAGCGGGGCCUCUCGGCCAGCUCCUGGUCGGAGGACGCCCUGGCGGGGCAGUAUCGGGUCCUGGGGGACAUCGGGCAGGGCAGCUUUGGCACCGUCAGGCUGGCCCGCCACAUCCUGACGGAGACAGAGGUGGCCGUGAAAGUGCUGGGCAAGGGCAAGGGCAAGCCGGGCCCGGCCUCCAUCACGUCCGAGGUGGAGAUCAUGAAGGCCAUGGAGCACCCCAACGUGGUGCAGUUGUUCCAGGUGCUGGAGACGACCGACCACAUCUACAUGGUGAUGGAGUACGCCGGCGGGGGCCAGCUGCAGCAGCACGUCCCGGAGGGGGUGGGCCUGCAGGAGGAGGAGGCGCGGGGACUGUUCCUGCAGGUGGCCAGCGCCCUGCACUACUGCCACGAGAAGGGCAUCGCCCACAGGGACGUGAAGGCCGAGAACAUCCUGCUGGACGGCCGAGGCCACGCGAAGCUGUGCGACUUUGGCCUGGGCCGCCUGUUCACGCCGGGAGAGAGGCUGGACACCACGUGCGGCACGCCGGCCUACUGGGCCCCAGAGCUGUUCCUGGCGGAGGAGUACGACGGCCCCGCGGUGGACGUGUGGAGCCUGGGCGUCCUCCUGUACUUCAUGCUGUCGGGGCGCCUGCCGUUCCCCGGGACCACGGUCGGGGCGCUGAUGGAGCAGGUCCUGCAGGGCACCUACGACUCUCCGGGCCGCGCGUCUGCCGCCGCACGGAGCCUGGUGGCCCAAAUGCUGACGGUGGAGGCCGCGGAGAGGCCCAAGCUGGGCGAAGUCCUGCGGCACCGGUGGCUGAGCGCGGCCGGGCGGCCCUGCCCGAGCGGUGUCAGUGAGUGCGCCCCGGUCUACCCAGACCCCUUGACGGUGACGCUCAUGCUGGAUCUGGGUUACGGGCUCGCGGACACCUGGAGGUCCUUGAAGGGCCGCAAGUUCGACGCAGCCAUGGCUACCUACCUUUUGCUCAGGCACCAGCAAAGCCAGGGGGCAGGCUUGGCGGUCCCAAGGAGGCCAAGGCCCUCAUCGUCCUCGGGCUCUCUCGGGCUCCCCGAGCCCCGCCAGAGGAGAGCCAGCGAGCCCAGCCGUUACCCGCAGGGCGUGGUGACCGAGGCACAGCAGUGGCAUGAGGAGCAGAGGGCCUGCAGGAGAGCCAGUCUGCCUACCGUGGCCCUGCGCAGCCUGCAGGCCCACAGCCCGGCGCCAGGAGGAGCCCCGGCGCCAGGAGGAGCCCCGCCGCAGGACCUUGCCGCCCUCCCGCCCAGCCCCGGGUCUGGAGGCAGCGGGUCACAGGAGGACGCUCAGGGGGCCCCCCAGAGGGUGUCAAGAGGCAAACUUGCCGCCGUUCCCACCGAGCCAGCCCUCGGCCGGACGGGGCGCUCUUGCAGGGAAUGCACCAAGACGGAGGGCCACAGGGCCCCCCAAGGGGUGUCAAGAGGGAAGCCCGCUGCCCCCCACUCUGAGAAAGCCCCGGGCGGAACCAAGGCUUCUUCCCCGGAAGUCACCAAAACCGGGGGCCACAGGGCCCCCCAGGGGGUGUCAAGAGGCAAGCGUGCCGCCGUCCCCACGGAGCCAGCCCUCGGCUGGUCGGGGCACUCUUGCAGGGAAUGCACCAAGAUGGAGGGCCACAGGUCCCCCCAGGGGGUGUCAAGAGGCAAGCGCCCCGCCCCCCUUACCCCGCAAGCCCAGGGCGGGCCCAGGGCUUCUUCCCCUUCUUCCCCAGAAGGCACCAAGACCAGGAGGCCAGCGACCAGGAGGAUCCUCUCCGGCCUCUCCCCGCCGCAGGACCUUUCGGCCGUGCCACCAGGUCCUGGGUCUGGAGGCCACAGCUCACAGGUAGAGGGCCGUAGGGCCUCCCAGGGGGUUUCAAGAGGCCAGCGUGCUGCCUUCCCCACCGAGGAAGCCCGGCCUGGGACCAGGGCCUCUUCCCGCGAAGGCACCAAGACCUGGAGGCGGGUGACCAGGAGGAUCCUCGCCUGCCUGGCACGAGUGUGCUGUUGUUGCUGCCUGGAGGCCCCCAGGACAGAGUCCAGUCGGGAAAACCGGGUGGCUCCGACCAGCACAGGACGUCGGGCACACAGUGGACGAUUUCAAAAGAGAGUGGCUCCGGAAUCUGGGGUCGGCUGA